UCUAGGAACAAAAGACUUGAAAAGACCACUAACGAACUGGCUUGCAUCGUCAAAGCUGCUAACAAACUCGUGCCAUGCAGAUUAUUACCAAGACAAGCUUGACUGACCAUGGAUAUCAAUAACAGUAUGGCUUCAUCUUUUAACGCGAGUAUGACGAUCAAUUCUAAUCAAUCGUAUGUCCACUGCGGGCUCGAUUCACAACGAGUGAGCCUUGCCAAGUUGAUAGCCUUUAUCAUACUGAUGGUAGCAGCACUUGCAGGAAAUAUCUUAGUCUGUUUGAUCGUGUACAAAAACACCAAAAUGAGAAAUACUUUGAACUAUCUGCUUGUCAACAUGGCUAUCUCUGACCUUGUCAUUCCAAUUUUGGCUUCCACCACAAGAAUCGUCGAACUUUCAACACAAAAUAGCGAGUGGAGAGUCGAAGGAGACAUUGGGGACUUCCUGUGCAAGUUUGUUUUUUUCGUUCUUGACAUGUCUCCAAUUGUCUCGAUCUUAAGCCUUGUUCUCAUAACUUUCGAUCGAUUUGCUGCUGUAGUUUUUCCGUUCAUGGCCACAAAAUUAUCCUCAAGAUUUCGCAAAUAUUUCAUCGGUCUUACGUGGAUCAUCGCCAUGGCAUUCUGUUCGCCACACUUCUACGCCGUUAAACUGCAGAAUAAAUUCUGUGUUAUGGAUUGGGAUUCUAUCCGAGCUCGAGUGUUCUACACCAUCAUGUUGAUGAUACUUUUCAUCAUCAUUCCUUUUGUACUCUUGCUCGUGAUGUACUCCAUGAUACUCUACAAGAUGAAAACCCGCCCUAAAGAUCUAAACCAAACGGACAAGGGUAGAAGAAGGCGCCAGUUGUCAAAGAGAAACAUCACACUGCUAUCUUUCGCUGUAGUCCUAGUAUAUGCUUUCUGUUGGGGCCCUUACUUUACGAUACUUAUGGUGGCAACCUUUAAAUGGAGAUGGGAUCUUAGCCAUGUUCCUUGUUAUUGGAAUGACAUUGUAUUUGUGAUACAGUACCUCGCCUACUCCAACGCUGCGAUCAACCCCCUUUUGUACUUUAUUUUCCUUAAAAACUACCGAACUGGUUUAAAAAAUAUUAUUCCCAUGAUAAGAUGUUUUAAUCGAUAUAGGGUUAUUAAAACUGCAAGGUCCCUGAUGGUGAGAAACACAAGUCAGAGGGAUAAUGGAAACACAGUUGAGAUUGAAGCCAGGCUUUAAAAGACGUCCUGAUUGAGCUGCAUGGUGACUACAUUCAAAACAGGCUUCUAAUUGAACGCAAACGUGUUCUUUUAACGUAUACUUGAGUACUGAUAUUGUGUAUUUUUUUAAGCUAUACUGCACUUAACAAUAAUUGUCAGUUAUAUUGGCUUUCAAGUUUGUGUGUCAACGGAAUACGUGUCAAAAAUUAAUUGAUUUGUUGAGCAUUUUUUGAUUAUUGGCCAGUUCUCUUUAAUUUCCAAGUUGGUAUACACCAUACUGAACAUCCAAAUUAUCAUAAGCUUAUAAAUUCAUUAGUUAUUUUUGUUUUAGUCGUUACUCUACAGCAGCUAACAGGUGACUUCGCACAUACUGCCAUGAGACACCAGCUUUUGCCGUAACAAACAAUGAAAUGCUACCAGCGUUGUAAUGCGUCUUUUGUUUUCCAGGGUAAAAUAAAGCAUUUGGCCACUCAAAUACGUUAUUUUAA